ACAAUCUCAAGUUCACUGAAGAAGAAAUGACUAACAACUUGUUCUCUUUGAGAUAUGACUUCAUGCCAAGCUUCAAGAGUGAAUCAGAUCAUGAAGAAUACUGGUCGAAAGGAAGCAAUUAUGUUGUUGGUUUGCAAGAUGAUAAUAAUGGAACCAUUAGGGACAUUGCCGAUGACGGAGAAGAAGAUGUUGGUGACAACUUGAGGCAGAGUGCAGAGGAUAGAAGGCAGGUCACCAAUUCAACUUACGAGGAAAAAGGGCAGAGGCAGAUCCAGGUUGAGCAAAGCAGAAAGAGUAAGAUCCUAGAGUUCACGCCAAGUAAAUGUGACUCAAUGGCAGGGGGUUCAGUCGAGGACAACGGAAUUGUAAAUUGCAACAGAAUUUUGAAGGAGCAUACAAACCAAAAAACUACAGUAGACUUAUGGAAUUUUGCAAAAAGAAUUGGAGUGGUUGCAGAGGAUGAGAAAGCGAUUAUCUGGGACUUGGAAGAAAUGGAAACAAUAGAUAGAAAAGAAACGGAAUCAGAAGGCUCAAAGAGAGAGAGCAGGGAUAAAAAGGUGAGUGCUGCUGACCCAUGAAUAGAAUGUCCUAUAAUAUAAGAGGGUUGGGGGGUGCUGGGAAGAAAAGGCAUCUCAGGGAAUUAGUAAGUAAGGAGAAAGUGAAUUUUUUAGCAUUACAAGAAACUAAGAUAGGAGGGAUAGACAGGAGUAUGUGUAGAUUGGUGCGGGGAUCAGAUGAUUUUGAAUGGAUUGCUAAAGAUGUAGAGGUUUUGUCUGGAGGUAUGCUAUGUAUAUGGAACUCUAAGGAUAUUAAAAUGAAUUGAGUUUU